GACCGCCGUAAAAUUUAACAGGAAGCAGCGUAAUCUUUACGUGUGAUGACGCAAUUCAGUGCACAUUGUUCACUUCACUCAAGAUGGCUGCGUCUUUGUGGGGAGUCAGGAAAGCAGUCGUUGCUCAAGUUCGUAAUCCUUUUCUGCCGUCUUUGAGAUGGGGACAGGCCUAUGUGUCUUAUGCUCAAAGCCUGCUGGGAGCUCCAGAAACUCAUCUUACCACCCUACAGAAUGGCUUGAGGAUUGCCUCUGAACCGACCAACCAGGCCACAUGCACAGUUGGCCUUUGGAUAAACUGUGGGAGUCGAUGGGAGUCUGAGAGGAACAAUGGCGCUGGAUUUUUUCUGGAACACAUGGCUUUCAAGGGUACAAAGAAGCGCCCACAGUCUGCUCUUGAACAGGCAGUCGAGUCAAUGGGAGCUCACUUGAGUGCAUACACAUCUCGUGAGCAUACUGCUUUCUACAUGAAGGCCCUGGCCAAGGACUUGCCCAAAGCGGUGGAGCUGAUGUCAGAUGUGGUGCAGAGUUCAUCUUUGAGUGAGGCUGAAAUCGAGCCGCAGAGGGGAGUGGUGCUUCGAGAGCUGGAGGAGGUGGGAAGUAGCAUGCAGGAUGUUUGUCUGGAUCUUCUCCAUGCUACAGCAUUUCAGGGUACUUCUUUAGGUCAAAGCAUUCUUGGUCCCUCUGAUAAUGCCAGAACUCUGACUCGUCAGGAUCUGGUGGAAUACAUCAAUAGCCAUUAUAAAGCUCCUCGAAUGGUGUUAGCUGCAGCUGGAGGAGUGAAUCAUGAUGAUCUUGUGGCUCUUGCUAAGCAGCAUUUCAGUGAUGUUUCUUUUGAAUAUGAGGGGGAUGCUGUGCCUGUUCUGUCUCCAUGCCGUUUCACUGGGAGUGAGAUUCGAAUGCGUGAUGAUGCAUUGCCCCUAGCUCAUGUUGCUAUUGCUGUAGAGGGAGCUGGAGCUACAAGUCCUGAUAUUGUGCCACUUAUGGUUGCUAAUUCUAUCAUCGGUAGUUAUGACAUCACUUUCGGAGGUGGCAAGAACCUGAGCAGUCGUCUGGCUCGACUAGCUGCAGAGAUGAACCUGUGUCACAGUUUCCAAGCUUUCCAAUCAUCAUACAGUGACACCGGGCUUCUGGGAAUUUAUUUUGUUACAGACAAACAUAAAAUAGAGGAUAUGAUGCACUGGGCUCAAAAUGCCUGGAUGAAUUUGUGCACCACAGUGACUGAGAGUGAUGUGGCUCGAGCCAAGAAUGCUUUGAAGGCUAGCUUAGUGGGACAGCUCAAUGGAACUACACCUAUCUGUGAUGACAUUGGCAGGCAGAUACUUAACUAUGGUCGUCGUAUCCCAUUGGCUGAGUGGGAUGCCAGAAUUGAGGCUGUAACCCCUAGAAUGGUCAAGGAUGUCUGCUCCAAAUACAUCUAUGACAAAUGCCCAGCUGUGUCUGCUGUUGGGCCAGUAGAGCAACUUCCUGAUUACAACAGAAUGAGAAGUGCAAUGUACUGGCUUAGAUUCUAAUAUUUCCUGGACGUAUGGGCUCUCUCUUUCCAGCUCCUUUCUUCACACCAUAUUAACUGCUCACUUGUUUUCUUAGCCUUUUUCAUUACUUGGAUGAAGAGACAGGAAGGAAGAAAUCCAUUUGGUUCAUUUCCAUCUAGAAUUUAAAACAUGGAGUGGAGCAAUUUAUAAAUUGAUGUGAUGUUUUUGUCGUUUUUGUAAAUAGCUCUCAUACCAACUGAACAUAAAAUAUUGUCAAAUCA